AUGGCCGAGCUGCUGGGGGAGGAACUGCCAGGAGACCAUUCUGAUCCCGCCGGGUGUGACGCUGGUGAUGCCACUUGUGACGGAGCCGUGGAGGAUGACAUCGCCAUCAUCAUCAUCAUCAUCGGUUCGUUCCUGGCCUGGGUCCUCACUGCUGGGAAGAGGGACUCUACGGGGUCUCGGGGCUCCCAGCCCAGGUGCCCACUCAGGAAGGCGAGCGUGGAGCUGGGCCGGCAGCAACCUGGGCGGCAGAUGCAGCUCUCGGACGGCUCCUGGUCCCAGAGGUGUGACCUGCUCACAGCUCUGGGACGAAGGGGCCCCACAGCAUCCCACGUGGCCUGUCCUGGCCGGUCGGGCCGCGUGCGCAGGGCGAGCACAGCCACUGCUGCGUCAUCCUGGCCAGCCGUGGUGCCUUCUGUGUGGCGACGCGCCCGCCGCGGGAGGCACACGGGGAGGAACAGCAAUGAGCCAAAGCGGGGCCCGGGUGCGCAGCACUCGUCUGUGGCGGUGCUGACCACCGGCCAGGGCCGCGUUCUUCCUCGACCCCUCCCAGUGACUGGCAGAGCAUCUUUCUUCCAUGUCAUCAUCCACUCGAUCACCGCCACCAUCGAUCCUGCCGAGCCCAACAUGAGACUGAAGAACCACCUGGACUUAAUGCCCCCUUCUGACCGUUCUAAGCACGAGCAUGUGAUUGAAGACCAAUAUUGUCACCUGUGCGAGGUCUUCGUGAGCCUGAAAGCAAAACAUUGUAGCUCUUGCAACAAGUGUGAGACAGGCUUUGACCGCCACUGCAAAUGGCUGAGCUACUGCGUGGGCACCAGGAACUGCCGGUUCUUCUUCAGCUUGGUGACCUCGGCCUCGGUCGGCCUGGUCUGCGUCACAGCCGUCCUGCUGUACGUCUUCGUGCAGUUCUACACGGACCCAGACCAGCUCCGCGCGGACCCGGAGUGGACAGAUCUCAGGGGCACCAACACAUGGCUGCGGUUCCUGCCCUUCUUCCCCGUCGCAGUUGAUACGCAUGUCAUGUUAUGCAUCCUCAUUUCCACCGUCCUGCUAGACACUGGCAGCCUCAUCGUCAUCAGGCAUCUACUGAUCUUCUACCUCUACCUGAUGUCCAGGAAGUUGAGCACGUUCGAAUAUAUCACACAGAACCGCAAAGAGCAAUUGGAGAGCAUAGCCGAGACGGAUCCACCAGUGCGCACGGAGGAAGGAACUGACCAGGCACCGCUGUCCCUGCGCCUCAAAGCGACCGUGGACCGCACAGCCCGAGUCGCCCCUUUCGAGGUCCGCGGCUCGCACCUGCACGCCAGGCCCCGCCCGCCUCGGAUCCACCCGCGUUUCUGCUCCCACCAAGGGCUGGUGUUGUUUGAGGACGUGGCUCUGGCCUUCACCUGGGAGGAGCAGCAGGACCCGGAUGAUGCUCAGAGGAUCCUGUACAGGUUUGUGAUGCUGGAGACCUGCAGCAGCCUGGUGUCCUUGGGUAAGUGA